AUCAUAUCGGUCGAUAUAUUGUCCAGCCCUAACAGUGUGUAUAAAUAGCAAACAGCGGUUCACUGCCGGACAGAUGACCUUUGAUCAAGCUUCUGAUGUGAACUGACACUUAUUCUGCAUUAUAUAUGUACACUAAACAUUGUUUUUUGGUUUUUGUUUUUCUGUUAGAGUAAUAUUUUAAUGUUCAUGGCAAACUUCUAAUUCAUAUCACAAGCAUCAUUUUAUGAAUUUGUUACCAUUUAUUAGGCAAGAGAACAAAGGAGUUUAACAUUUAAAUGGGUUACACUUUAUUUCGAUUGUCCACUUCUACUAACUGUAAUUAACGACAUGCUAACUAACUGUCAUCAGAGCGUUUGCAGACUGUCAGGUUACACAGUAAAUUACAGUCAGUAGAUCAUCUGUUGACUGACCAUCAAAUUAAAAUUUUAGUUUUAAUGUUUAAUGUUUCAAUGAAAACAAAAACGAGUUUUCCUGUAAAUGGACCUCGCGCUCGACGCCUCUAUGACGCGCCCAGUGUGCGCGCGCGUGAUCUCACCGCGGGAGCGCGCCAGAAGACAGACGUGCGCGAGCUCAUGAGUUUAAUCUUAUAUUUUUGCCCCAGAAUGAACAAUACCAGCGAGAAUGAGCCCAACAGCCCGGAAGAAGAGUCAUUUCUCAUUUUCAGCAUCAGCUGCACGUGUUUCUUGUUUUUCUGCAGGUCAGGACUCUGUUUGUCAGUGGUUUGCCGCUGGAGAGCUUUACCUGUUAUUCAGGCCUUUUCAGGGUUACAAAGGAUCCUUAAUCAAAUUUACCUCUAAGCAGCCGGUGGGGUUUGUGAGUUUUGACAGUCGCUCAGAAGCGGAGGCAGCUAAGAAUGCCCUGAACGUAAGUUUAACGCUUCAUCUCAACGUAACAUUGCUAAAAAAAGACCAAAGGCUCCUUGUGUGGUGAUUUUGACAGAAGACACUUUUACACACACAUAAGCGCUGCAGUCUUCACACACACAGAGUCACAUUUCUGUAUGAAAUAGUAGAACAGUGCAGAUUUGAGCAGUUGUGGGAACUCAAGUGUGAAUCUAUCCAGAAGCGCUUUUGCCCUGAAAUCGAGACAAUCCAUAGAUUAAAGAGCUUCACCUGCCUCUCUCUCUCUCUCUCUGGUCUUCAUUGAUCAGGAUGUGGUUGUAAUCUCAGUGUGAACAGGAGAGAUUGAUCUUGAGAGGAUUUGAGCUCUGCAGUUAAUAAAUCUUAAAAUUACAUUAGGGUUUUUUUUUUUUUUUUUGAAUAUGAUAGACAAGAAAAAGAAAAAGGUAAGUACUAGUAUUAGUUGGUUAAGUGCAGGCGAAAAAGAUGAGUCU